AGAACUUCCAUUUAAUCACAGAACUCCCAUAAGCUCAGCUGUAAUUGCCAUGGAUCUGUACUCUCAAUUGACCCAAGAAUGGGCUGAUGCUGCCAGUUAUCAGGAAUUGGUUCCUCUAGAAAGCCAGCCUAUUUUGUCUAUCAUCGCGCUUUUGAUCUCAGUGUUUUUUAUAAUCUUAUGUGUAUUUACGAAUAAAUUAUCAAACAAAUCAAAUUUUUAUUAUAUAAUAUACUCGGUCAUUGCAAGUCUAUCGUUUGGUUUUGGUGCUAUUUAUCUAGCUGAUUCAGUUGGUGUCUAUAUUUGACUGGGCAUACCUUUGAUCUGCUCGGACAUGACUUUUUUUCAUCAUCGA